UGGAUGGAUGGGUGGAUAGGUGGGCUGGUGGGUGAGGUGUGGUUGUGUACUUCGCUCUGUACGACUUAUGGUGGUGCUAUCGUUGGUUAGCUAGUUAGGUAGUUGGCUAUGUAGCGGUACUUGAUAGGCAGCGUCUUGGGUAUGCGUGUGCGUUGGUGUCAGCUUAUAGUGAUGGUGAUGAGUGAGAUUAUAGUUCUGUUGCUUGACUGGGUAGCUACACAACGUUGUCGUCUGCAACUAACUAUUCCACCUAUCACGUUAGCUACAUAUCUAUGUAUCUACCAAGUCCCUCGACACACACCAACCGCCGCCCUCAUUGCCGCUGCACACUCACGUCACUUAGCUCAGCGUGGAAGGGGGAAGGAAGGAAGGCGAAAGCUUCCCCAUCGCCGCCCGAGACUUGCUUUGCUUCCCACUGCGUACGAUAGUGAGCAUAGCCAGGCAGACCGAACCCCAAACCCAAACCCAACGCCAAACGCUCCAUCACACCAGGCUACCGUGACACACGCGCGACCUCACACCCUCAAUCACUCGCAUCCAUGACGACGCACGAUAUAGGCGCGCGCGCCAAGCUUGCCGUCACGUCUGCCGAACGCGAACGUGGAGCACGGCCCGUGG